AAUUCAUUUCUUUCUAAGUUUCGGAAAAAUCUCAUAUCGUCGUCAUCUUCCACAAGCUUCCCGUCCACCAUUCUCAGGAGGUAUAGGCUAGAAAUGUCAUUGGUUGCUAGCGCUGUUGCAAGUCCUGCUAUAAUUCCAACAGGGAAUCAAUGUUGUAAACAACACAUCAAGCAUAUUUCUUUUAUUCCACUUGGACUAAAGCCUUUUCAUGCAAAACUAGAACUCAUUGAAGGUAGAAGACGUUCUUCGCAAGGGAGACAUUUUUCCAUAAUUUGUUCAGCUGUUCUGAAUGCAAGAUGUGCUGCCGAAGGGCAAACCCAAACCGUUACCCGUCAGUCGUCAACCAUUACAGUUGCGCCUAGUCAAGGAAAGGAGAAAUCUCCGGAGCUUGACGAUGGUGGGGCAGGAUUGCCGCCCCGUGACGAUGACGGAGGUGGCGGUGGCGGCGGUGGCGGAGGCAAUUGGUCGGGCGGGUUCUUCUUCUUUGGCUUUCUUGCUUUGUUGGGACUUUUAAAGGACCGAGAAAGUGAAGGGCCUUAUCAAGAAGACAGAAGAUGAAUCAAAAGCAUUUUCUGUGCAGUCGCGGUAUCUCAUAUUCCAUCUACGGUUUUUAAUGGCAAAUGCUUCUGGGCUGUUUUUGGUUCAUACAGACGAGAGGAUAAUGUCAUGUUCUCGAGGCCGAUUAUAUUGCAAUUUUACUAUUGAAAGAGGCACUUCUAAACACACAUUAGCAUCUAAAGAGCCAUCUCUAGGCCUAGUUGAAAGAGGCAUGCCCCUAGAGUCCCUAAAUUUAUAGGGCGCCAAAUCUUUUAAGGACAUACUAGGGGUAUACCAAAUGGUAUACUUCAUUUUACCCCAAGACUUUUACAAACACGCACAGGUGAGACAUCCAAUGUCUGUGCAUGCACACUGUAAAAACUUUGGGGUACAAAUGAGGUACACUAUUUGGGGUACCCUAGCAUUAUUGAUCUUUUAAACAUGUACUUAAACAAGUCUUUAAACAAGUUGUGAAGCAAUCACCUUUUUUCUCUCUCUCUCUCAAAGGACAUUAGAGAAAGUAAGCUUUUCAAGACUCUAUUGGGAUAGUAG